GGGCCAGUCGCCGGAAGUUCCGCCCAGCGGAAGUAGCGGCUCGGUGGGAAAGCGCAUCAGGCGUCGAGCCUCAAGGAUUUAUUUCAAUUGAGAGAAUACUUUUGUAGCUGAAAUAUAAGGAAAAGAAUGGAGCCAAGCAUGGAACGCUGUGACACAAAGAAAAUCCAAGAAAUGAAAACUGAUCUGAACUUACUGUUAGAGUGUGUCAAGCAUCAAAUGGACCGCCCUGUUUCACAAAAGAAAGCUUUGAUCGUUAUUCAUGCCAUUUGUCAACAAUACAGUAAUGCAAGUGCUUAUUUCCAGGAAAUUGGUGGUUUGCUGUUCAUAAGAAAUCUUGCAAAGUGUAAUGAACAUAGCAUGGUAAAAGAAGCAGCCUUAUACACAAUGGGAGCAAUUGCAGAACAAAAUGUUUAUUGUCAGGAGACUUUGUGCACCUCAGAGUUGUUUGAAGACUUAACUUUGUUCCUAUCUGAUAGUGCUUCCAACUUAAUUUUAAAAAGAAUGUCUGUCUAUGUUGUUUUGGUACUGGUUUCAAAUAAUAGGACAGGACAGACACUCAUCAGAGAAACAGGUUGUAUUCAAGUUCUGACACAGUUGUUUAGAACAGUUCUUUCAACAGAUGAGUUGAAUCUGUCAGAUAAAAACAUUUUCCAGUUGUGGUCUGGCGUAUGCAGUGCUCUGUGUGCCUGUAUCAGCAAUCCUCAAAAUGAAGACAAUCAAACAAUUUGCUGUUCACUUUUUCCACAUGCCAAUAAAUGGUUAAUGGAUUGCAUGAAACCUGAGAUACUUCGCCCUGUUUGCUCAUUUAUCAGUCUCACUCUGUCAAAUAAUACUUCCGUUCAGAAACACUUCAUAUCUGUGGGCGGACUGGAUGUAUUGUCUCAAGUUCUUGUGAAGCUGGAGUCUGAUUCCCACAAGACCCCACCCAGUGCUAAGCUUGCAGUAACGGUGAUAAAGACGGUGGAUGCCUGCACCAUUGACAAUCUUACGUUUGGAGUGAUACUAUCCAAGUACCACAUUGUUCCCAAGCUGCUAGCAUUGCUGGGCCACGAAGGCAUCGAUUCAGAAGAUAGAGUUAGCAUCAUGCUUACUCUCAGUCAUUGCAUGGAAGUCUGUGUGGAAAACCAGUAUGACUUUUUAAAAAACAAUGGGUUUCCACGUGUGAUGCAAUUCUUAGUGGAAUCUCAGAAUGAGGACUUUAACAGAACUGCCACUUUUGUGCUGCACCACUGCCAAAAAUUUGCUGAGAAAUUACAUCUCAGUCUAGAAAAAUGUUUUUUGGAUGAAAAUGAAGCUGAGCAAUUAAGUGUGCAAGAGAAGAAUCGUGAAAAAUACCGGAAGAAAGCAAAAGAAAUUCUACAAAGAAUAACAGAACUUGAAAGUGAAAAAGAUAAGGGACACAUACAAAGUGAAGAAACUAAGGACAGUGUUUCAUCUACGAAGAUAAAUACUCAGAAACGCCUCCAUGUAGAUCCUGUUGGUAGAAGUGCAAAAGCAGACCAUAAGGACAAAUGCCCAUCUAGCCACACUCAGAGUUCUAAGACCCCUGGAGCCAUGUCUAAAGCAUGUCCAAAUGAGGACCAGAUGGAGACCUUGUUAAAGAGUGCCAAUCCGGUUAAUGCUUGUUUUAGGGAGAGCAGGAAAAAGAAGACUUUGGGCCAAGCCAAUUUAAGCAGCAGCCAAAACUUAUGUGAAGAAACAUCUUUUGAGAAGGAUAAUUUUGCUUUUCCGUCAAGUGACCGUGCUUUGAGACGGGAGACUCUCCUCACCCAAAAUAGAAAGCAGCAGGUACCAGUAGUGGAUCCAUUUACAUUAUGUUCGGACAUAAUAAAUAAAGAAGUCAUCAAUUUUCUACCAACUGACAAUUGCUCCAAAAUGUUGGAGAAUAGGUGCUCAGGUUGCAAAGCAGGCGGGAAAUCCCUGAAUAGCCGGAAUUUUAGCAAGCUCUUGCACUCUUGCCCAUACCAGUGUGAUCGUCACAAAGUCAUUGUGGAAGCUGAAGACAGAUACAAAAGUGAACUAAGGAAAUCACUUAUCUGUAACCAAAAAAUCCUGCUGACCCCACAGAGAAGACGACUGGGUAGUGACUCCACUGUCCCUGGAGGAAGAAAGAAAAGAAGGACUCGUAAAAAUUUUACUGAAGAAGAAGUAAGUUACCUUCUCAGUGGUGUUAAGAAAAUGGGAAAUCACUGGAAUUCCAUUUUGUGGUCUUUCCCAUUUCAGCGUGGAAGGACAGCUGUGGACCUGGCUCACAAAUACCACAAGCUGACCAAAAGCCCGAAGCAUGUAGCUCCUUGAUUGGAUAAAGACUUUAUAUGUUUUUAAAUUUGAACUCUUAAAAUACAGUGAGUGCUUUGAACAUACAAGCAUUGGAAGUCACUUUCUAAUUAAAUGUUUUGUUACAUUGGAAUUCAUCAAAUGCUGUAAUUUUACCAAAAGUGCAUUUUCAGUGUGCAGUUUAGUGAAAACACAUUCUCAUAUAAAGUCAUGAUUUCUUUAGAAUGUAUAUUUAUCCUUGAAGCUUAAUAAACAGCUGAGAAAAUUAGCAGCCUUUGCACAUUAUAUUGUAAUUUAAUAUCAUCUGAGACACCUGGAGUGUAAAACUUGGUGCCUAAAUUUAUCCCCAGAAUUUAGAAAGAUAGUCAAGCUAUUGAGGGAUGGGAUGUUUCUCCACCAACUAAGUUACUGCCCGAUACUUGGUUAAUUAAAAUGUUUCUGUUCUAUAUGUUAAUUGUGCAUUUGUUUUGAACACUCCAACAUUCAUGUUUGCUACCUCUCCAACUGUACAACAGGUUUUUCUUGUUGCUUUUUAUGGUCAUUUUCUUUAAGUAGAAAAUCAAACUGAUGACUUCUCAGUUUUCUCAUUUUUGGACUCAUUUUAUAUUCCACCCUGAUCCCCAAAGGAUGUUAUCACAGCCUCCAGAAUGCUUACGGUGGCUGCACUGUGGCUCCUGACCAAGUAGCAGGGCCUGAGAGCUUAGCUGGGACUCUGCAGGCAGUGGUUCCAUGCUUCGUUACCCGUGUCCUCUUCAGCCCCAGGAGGCACUUAUUUCCCUACCAGCGUGCAGUUUUUUCCC